GCAUAGUUGAAAUUAUGAAAUUUUUAAGAAUUAAAAAAAAAAAAAAAGAAUUGAGGCUGAGAAAUUGUCAAAUUCCAACGUUCAUCGAAAAAGAAGCUCCAUAGAUGCCGCCUCGGGAGAUGUGGCGAACUUUUAGUGCGGAGCUGAAGCAGGUCCCUCACCAUUAUUCUUUGAUUUUGACAUUUUCGUCUUUUCAAGCGAAGAUCUGUUGUCGCCAUCAACGAAACCGAAGAUUCGAACUGGAACCGUCUUCAAAUUCUUUUUCCUCUUCCAGAAUCCUUCACUUUUUCCCAUUUUAUGUCUCUGGAAUUGAAUUUAAUGAACACAGUGAAUUAGCAAGUUGUGUUAGAAAUUUGAGGAUGAUCCACGAUGGAAGUAAGUUCAUGAUGUUCUCUCUCAGGAUGCUGUUCGAGGCUACUGCUGAUGCAACGACCCUCGGUUACUGGUUAAACUGGAGGGUAUUGAUCUGUGCAAUUUGGGUAUUUGCUUCUUUUACCUUAGCAAUAUGGAUGAUAUGGGAAUAUGAAAUUAAGGAUAGAUUAGGACACAGCACACAAGAAACUCAGCAAGAUAAAAACAAACUUCGGAGUUGUGAAGCUUGGAGACCAUGUCUCAGACAGAUUCAUCCAAUCUGGAUGUUGGCUUUUCGAGUUUGUGCGUUCGGUUCGAUGUUGGCUUCGCUUAUUGUGAAGACUUUGGCUAACGGGGCUUCCACAUUUUAUUAUUAUACCCAGUGGACAUUUACUUCACUUACAAUAUAUUUUGCGUGUGGGUCAGUAAUUUCCAUAUAUGGAGUUUUUAUCUGCAACAGAAAAAGAACCGAAGGUCUUAAUGAACAUCUUAAUGAGAAUAAUAUGGAAGAAGGGCAACAUGUUCCUCUUCUUUCUGGGAAGCCCUCAAAUUUAAUUGGGGGAAAUAUAGUUUCAUAUUCCAAGGAGCAAAGAUUUUCUCCUGCCGACAUCUGGAGUUAUAUUUUUGAAGUUUUAUUCCAGAUAAAUGCAGGGGCAGUUGUACUCACUGAUUGCACUUAUUGGUUCGUCAUAUUUCCAUUUCUUACCAUCAAAGAUUACAAUUUCAGCUUUAUGACGAUCAAUAUGCACACGCUGAAUUUGGUUUUACUUCUCGGUGAAACUGCUCUUAAUAGCAUGACGCUCCCAAGCUUUCGAAUUUCAUUCUUCUUUUUAUGGACGGGUAUUUAUGUCAUUUUCCAGUGGAUCAUCCAUGCAGUUGUUUCGAUUGGGUGGCCAUAUCCAUUUCUUGAUCUGUCAGCUCCUUAUGCCCCAUUAUGGUAUGUACUGAUGGGACUGAUUCAUAUUCCAAGCUAUGGUGUUUUCAUGUUGAUUAUAAAACUGAAACAUGAACUGAUGAUGAAGUGGUUCCCUCAGUCGUACCAGUGGUAGCAAGACUGACAAAUUUUGAAUCCAUGGUUAGUUUUGAUUGCUUAAUUCUUUUCUUCUGUGUACCCCUUCCCUACAAAAGUAGGAAGCGUGAUGUUGAAAUAGCAAAUAUUCUGACUACAAAUGCAAAGGAAUAGGAGAUGGAACCCAUUGUAGAUGCUAUUACCAAAUGAUGUAAAUGUAUCAGUUCCAUAGGUUUGAUCAUACCCUACAAUGUUACAGCCAUGAAUGACAUGCUUGAUUAUAUAAUCUUCUUUUUAAUUUUGAAUCUUUGAGGA